UGAGACUUAAAGUGUAAAGAUCUGCCAGAUGAGUGUAUGAUACAGAAACCCAACCUUUUACUGGUUUGAUGCUGAUCACAGAACAAGCAAAUAAGACUGAAUAACUAGACUAGCACAUUGAAGUUUAUUUCCUUGCAGGGGUGGACCACAGAAAUUGUCGCCUUAACAAAACCGUCAAGGUUAGCUAUGUCAGAGUGUAACCCAUAUGUUAUGUACCCACUAACAUCUUAUUUGCUGGCAGUUAUGAUUUUCAAUAUCCAGGACAGAAAGUCUGUACAUUUGUAUGGUAGAUAUCUAACUCAAGAUCACUCUAUAAUAUAUGUCCCAGCUAAGAUUGGAUGGUUUGUAAUGGAGCUGCCCUCAUUUUUAGUGCCCGUGAUAUCACUUUAUCAAUCAGGCAGCCUGGACAGUAUGAGGAGCAAAUUCUUAUUGUUCAUGUUCUGUGGGCACUACUUUCACAGGGUAUUUAUUUAUGGAUGCUUCACCAGAGGACAAGCAGUUGAAAUCUCCUUUGUUUUGAAAUGUUUUACAUUUUGUGCUUUGAAUGGGUACCUUCAAGGACAGAACCUGAUCUACUGUACUGAGUAUGAUAAUAGCUGGACCACUGACUUCAGAUUUUUGUUUGGAGGAUUAUUUGAAUAUGUUUCUGCAGCAAACUACUUUAGUGAAAUUGUGGAGUGGUUUGGCUAUUCCAUUGCCACUUGGACCUUCCCAGCCUUUGCUUUUGCCAUUUUCACAGCUGUAUUCUUAGAAUCUCGUGCUGUGUAUCAUCACAGGUUUUAUAUGGAGAGGUUCAAGGACUAUCCAAAAUCUAGGAAGAUUUUAAUUCCCUUUUUAUUUUGAAGCAAUAAUUUUAAAGCUCUAACAGACCAGUUAUUCUGUUGCAGAUUGCAAAAACUAAUCCGCUUAAUUCAAUACCAUAUUUUGAUUAUUUCAGAGCUAUACCUCAAAUAAAAUAUUUUUAGCAAUGUAUCUACUAAUGAUCUAACUUAACAGUUCAUUUGUAUAUUAGGUUUGAGGGACUAUUUAAUAGAGCUUUUCCCUUUUGGAUAAAAAUGUUUAGAAAAUGUUUUGUAGCAAGGUUUUUGAUAUAAUAACUCAAUAAUCAUUCUAUAUUUUGUAUGCAGUUAUCUUAGGCUUCAGAAACAAAAGGCACAAUUGUUUGUGGGAUGGAGCAUGAGCCUUGGUUUGAGGUGGAUACAGCAGGAGUGAAUGAGUGUGAAGCAUCAAAGAACAUAUGGCUGCACUUGAGUGGAGAGGGCAUUGAUUUUCUCUGGAAGUGCUGGGUAUCCUUCCAGAUGUUGAGGCUAUUCCAAUCAAGGUUGCAACCUUGGACAUGGUCUGGGGAAUCUCCACUGGGGAAGAAGUCCCACAUUUGUACCACCAUGUCCAGCAGGACCUCCAGGUCCCCGUCAACAAAGCUGGGUGCCAAUUUUCCCCCUGUAUGCCAUGUCCAAGGCAAAUUUCAGGAAGAGUGCUGGACAGCUCAGGAUAAAAAGGGCUUGUUCAGAUGCACAACAGGAAUUAAAAGAUGACACGGACACAAGGAGUGCCAAUCUGUCAGUGGGUAUCUGCUGCGGGGCAAGAUAUUCUGGGAGCAGCAGAGAAUUGGAUGGGUGGUCACGAUAUAGGCAGGGUAAGUAGAUAAUGAGACAAGUUUGGUGAGAUAGUGAGAUUCUCAUUGAGCCCCAGGGAGAUUUGUCUUAAAGCUCUCAAUUGGCUAAAAAAGUAACAUUCUGUCCAAAGCUUUUUUAUUUUCAUUGCUGCUGAUCUUUGCUUUAAAAGAGUGAUUUUAAAAUAGUGUUGAAACAUCUUGACUGCAACUAAUUAGUGAAAUUCUAACUGUAACAUCAAAAGACUAGAUGUCCAGGUUCUACAACAAGUGAUCAUAAGAUAAACAGUACCUCUUAGUUCAAGAACAUCAGGAUUGGUUCAAGAAGACCAUUUUUCAGAAUGUGUUUUUUUAUUACUGAGCAGUUUAAGUAAUGUGCAAAUUAAAUGAUGUCAUUUUCUGCAAUGAUAUUGCUUGUGACUUUAUUCCUUGCAAAUAAAUUAAACUGUUGGCUUCA